AUGAGUUCUGUCAUCCAGGAACUUGGUAUGGCCAUGGAUUUCAAACUUUGCCCAAAGCCUACAACUGUUGGAGAUAUAUACCAAGGAAACCAAACCAAGGUCUCUGAAUUCCUCCUUCUGGGACUUUCUGAAGAGCUUGAGCAACAGCAACUUCUCUUUGUCCUCUUUCUGGGCAUGUACUUGGUGACAGUGGUUGGGAAUCUGCUCACCAUCCUGGCCAUCAGUCUGGACUCUUGCCUUCACACCCCCAUGUAUAUCUUCCUUGCUAACUUGUCCUUGGCUGACAUUUCCUGCAUCUCCACCUCAGUCCCUAAGAUGCUGGUGAACAUCCAGACCAAGAGGCAAUCCAUCUCCUUUGGGAAGUGUGUCACACAGAUGUAUUUUUCCAUUGUAUCUGUUGUCAUUGACAACUUCCUCUUGGGGGUGAUGGCCUAUGACCGGUUUGUGGCUAUAUGUUCCCCCUUGAGCUACGUCACAGUCAUGAGACCCAGACUCUGUGCUCUGCUGAUGGCCACCUCCUGGGUUCUCAGCAACCUUGUUGCCCUGACUCACACCCUUCUGCUGGACCAGUUGAACUUCUGUGAUGCCAACACCAUCCCUCAUUUUUUCUGUGACCUGGCCCCUCUGCUCCACCUUUCCUGCUCAGAUACAGUCAUCAAUCAGCUAGUCAUGCUCUUCUUAGGUUCAUCUGUUAUUGCAGUUCCUUUUGGACUUAUCCUCUUUUCUUACAUCUGCAUUGUCUUCACUGUCCUGAAAAUCUCACCUGCUGAAGGAAAAUGGAAAGCCUUCUCCACUUGUGGCUCCCACCUUUCAGUGGUGACACUCUUCUAUGGGACAAUCAUUGGAGUUUAUUUCCUGCCCUCCUCUGAGUCAGCCAACAAUGAGAAGAUUGGAGCUGUGCUCUUUAUUGUGGUAACCCCCAUGGUCAACCCCUUUAUUUACAGCUUAAGGAAUAAGGACAUUAAAGGAACCCUAAAGAAACUCAUCAAGAAGAAAAUGUUCUCUCUGUGA